UAGCUUGCUGGGUUCUCACGUCUAAACUGGUUCGAAGUUGGCCAGGAUGAAAUGAUGGCGUUACAUGUCAAGAAUAGAGAUGCUUCUUAUUAUCAAAGUGCCGAUUAUUACGGAAAUUCGGUGCCUUUAAACUAUUGGAAUAACAGACAUUAUUUCGCCCGGUUACCAGGACCAGAGUCUAUGCUGACGCCUUCAAUGAGCCUUUUUGGCCAGCAACAGCCGUUGUUCCAGCCAAUGCCUUCUACACAUACCCUUGGACCCCCUCCACAGACCCUCAGGCCGUCUACACCAGUGGUAGUGGCCCCGGACCCCCUCCUUUUCCCCCUCUACAGCCCUCUGCCUGCCAAACCACCCACUCACCUCCAGCUGAUGCAGGGCCCCCCCUGCCCUGUCCCCUGCCCUGUCCCACCUCCAACUGCCCAGGUGGCCCUCAGCACCAAGCCCCAGGAGGAAGAGGCUCAGAUCGGGGCCACAGACCAGGACGCUACCUUGGAUGAGCUGUGUAAGCCUCUGUACUGCAAACUGUGCAACGUCACCCUCAACUCUGCCCAGCAGGCACAGGCCCACUACCAGGGUAAAAACCACAGUAAGAAGCUGAGAAAUUUUUAUGCAGGCAGCCAGCAGCUGCCUGCCAUCAGGAUUCCGGAGGUAAUAGAACCAGUUUCCCAGCAACCCCUCACGACUCCACCAACUGAGAGUACAACUCCAAAACAGCCGGUGUCAUUUAACGGUGCCAGCAGGGUGAUCUUAGCCACGGAGAACGACUACUGCAAGCUGUGUGACGCCUCGUUCAGCUCACCUGCCGUGGCUCAGGCGCACUACCAGGGCAAGAACCAUGCCAAGAGACUGCGGCUGGCUGAGGCCCAGCAGAGCAGUAGCAUCAUAGAGUCAACUGAGUGUGUCCAGAGGCGUCUGAAGAAAGAGGGGAGCGAGUACAAGUUGAUCCAGAACCGCAGGACCUCACAGGUGCCUCCUGCCAUGCCAGCCCCCUACUACAACCCCCCGGCCCAGGCAGAGGAUCCCCAGAGACCUGGCCAUGUGUGUGACGCCCAGCGGCCAGUUCUACUGCUCUAUGUGCAAUUCUGGGGCCAGCGAGGAGGCCAACUUCCGCCUUCACCUGGAGAGCAAGCAGCACAAGAGCAAGGUGUCCGAGCAGCGCUACCGCAGCGAGAUGGAGAAUCUGGGCUACACUUAGGAGAUCAGCGCCACAGAACAGGGGAGGAGAGGGGAAUGAUGAUGUGUUUUUCUGUGUCAUAA